GUUUAAUAUCCAGAAUAUAUAAAGAGAGCCUAUAGAACAACAACAGAAAUGCAAACAAUGCAAUUUAAAAAUGGGCAAAAGACUUGGAUAGACGCUUUUCUAAAGAGGAAAUACAGAUCUUGUGGGAAGAGCUGAAGCAGGCGCUCUUGGCUUGGCACGGCCCGCUGCAAUCCGUGGAGGAACGCGCCGCCGAGCCACCAUCAUGCCUGGCCACUUACAGGAAGGCUUCGGCUGUGUGGUCACGAACCGAUUUGACCAGUUAUUUGACGAUGAAUCGGAUCCCUUCGAGGUGUUAAAGGCGGCAGAGAACAAGAAAAAAGAAGGCGGCGGGGGCGGUGUUGGGGGCCCUGGGGCCAAGAGCGCAGCUCAGGCCGCAGCUCAGACCAACUCCAACGCAGCAGGCAAACAGCUGCGUAAAGAGUCCCAGAAAGACCGCAAGAAUCCGCUGCCCUCCAACGUUGGCGUGGUUGACAAGAAAGAAGAGGUGCAGCCGCCCGUGGCGCUUAAGAAAGAAGGAAUAAGACGCGUUGGAAAGAGACCUGAUCAGCAACUUCAGGGUGAAGGGAAAAUAAUUGAAAGGAGACCAGAAAGGCAACCACCUCGUGAACGACAAUUUGAAAAGCCACUUGAAGAAAAGGGUGAAGGAGGAGAAUUUUCAGUUGAUCGACUGAUGAUUGACCGGCCUAUCCGGGGCUGUGGUGGUCUUGGAAGAGGUCGAGGAGGACGUGGACGUGGAAUGGGUCGAGGAGAUGGAUUUGAUUCUCAUGGCAAACGUGAAUUUGAUAGGCAUAGUGGAAGCGAUAGAUCUGGCCUGAAGCAUGAGGACAAAUGUGGAGGUAGCAGAUCUCACAACUGGGGAACUGUCAAAGAUGAAUUAACUGACUUGAAGCAAUCAAAUGUGACUGAGGAAACCCCUGAAGGUGAAGAACAUCCAGUGGCAGACACUGAAAAUAAGGAGAAUGAAGUUGAAGAGGUUAAGGAAGAAGGUCCAAAAGAGAUGACACUGGAUGAGUGGGAGGCUAUUCAAAAUAAGGACCGGGCAAAAGUAGAAUUUAAUAUCUGAAAACCAAAUGAAGGUGCUGAUGGGCAAUGGAAGAAGGGAUUUGUUCUUCAUAAGUCAAAGAGUGAAGAGGCUCAUGCUGAAGAUUUGGUUAUGGACAAUCAUUUCCGGAAGCCAGCAAAUGAUAUAACGUCUCAGCUGGAGAUCAGUUUUGGAGAUCUUGGCCGCCCAGGACGUGGUGGCAGGGGAGGGCGUGGUGGGCGAGGGCGUGGUGGACGUCCUAAUUGUGGCAGCAGGACUGACAAGUCAAGUGCAUCUGCUCCUGAUGUAGAUGACCCAGAGGCAUUCCCAGCUCUGGCUUAACUGGAUGCCAUAAGACAACCUGGUUCCUUUGUGGACCCUCCUCCCUGAGGCUUUGCAUGCUUAAGGAUCCCAAACGACUAAGAAAUU